AUGUUAACAGACACUAACAGAAACAAAGUUUCAGCCUACUUUCCAGCUGCACUCACCUUAGCUGAUCUUCAAAACGAUUAGAUAAUGUCUGAGGAUUCAGACGUUGAUUUGAGUUAAUCCAAAUUGCAACGCCUUGGGAUUGACAUGAGUAGUCUUCAUGCUCCAGAAAGCUCUGACAAAAAGGAUGAAUUGAGUGAUGUUAAGACAGGAUUGCAAGAGUUCAAUAGAUCCAUUCAAUAAUACACGAAGAAAUUUAAUGAAUCACAAAGUCACUAAGAUCGAUACAAUCUUUCUUCAAAUAUAGAACAAUUUAAAUAAAAAAUCCAGGAAUUAUAGGUGGAAUUGUAGACUGAUCCUCCUACUUCUGAUCCUUAUAAAAUAUCUCUACAUUCUAUCAGACAAACUACCGAUACCAAAACACCCUAAACAUUCACUACCAAUAAACAACCAAACAAUUAAACAUAAAACCAAUCAUAUUCUUCAGGAGCAUAAAGUUAUUAAUUGCCUCAUUUGCACUCUACAAACAAUAAAACUGUCCAGAAUACUCGUCCUGAUCCUUUUGGGAAUUUGUCUGAGAAGUUAGAAUAUCAUAGAAUCAAAUAUUAUGAUCAAUUCAUGCCAGAUAACUAAAAGUUGCUUAACAAUCCACUUAAAUAUCUAAAAUACAAAUUGGAUUGCUAAAACAGAUUCAAUAUGGAGCAUUGUCUUGAUAGUUUAAUUAAUUAUUGA